CACUGGAGCGACUCCUGCUCGGGAACGCCAGAAGCAGCUCGGGGUCUCUCCGCCACCCCUUGACCAUGGCCGCGGUGCCCACAGCGCUCGCUCCCCUGCGCUCCUGGGGCCCCCGCAACUGCUGCAGCCACCACAGCCUCUGAGCUCAAGGGGGCCUCCGCUGCUGCCGCUCGCCUGAGACUCCAUCCGCGGCCCCAGCCGCCGCGCUAUACCUGCGGCUGCCAGGGCGGCAACUCCAACCUUCUUUUGCGGGGAUGACAGCCACUCCAGCGGACCCGUCAGUGUUCGGACAAUUUGAAAGUACUAUAGUUGGUUUCCCUGUCCACCCGUCCCGCUUCGCUGGCCAUCAUAGCACGCCUUUUGGAUCUGUGUGGAGAAGUCCCGCUGCUUGGGUUUUCUCUCUCUACGUAUAGAUACGCCUAACACCUACAUAUACUUUACAAACACUAAAUAUAAUUAACAAUCAAAAGACAAAGGAGAAAAAGAAGGGAAACAUUACUGGGUUACUAUGCACUUGCGACUGAUUUCUUGGUUUUUUAUCAUUUUGAACUUUAUGGAAUACAUCGGCAGCCAAAACGCCUCCCGGGGAAGGCGCCAGCGAAGAAUGCAUCCUAACGUCAGCCAAGGCUGCCAAGGAGGCUGUGCAACAUGUUCAGAUUACAAUGGAUGUUUGUCAUGUAAGCCCAGACUAUUUUUUGUUCUGGAAAGAAUUGGCAUGAAGCAGAUAGGAGUGUGUCUGUCUUCAUGUCCAAGUGGAUAUUAUGGAACUCGAUAUCCAGAUAUAAAUAAGUGUACAAAAUGCAAAGCUGACUGUGAUACCUGUUUCAACAAAAAUUUCUGCACAAAGUGUAAAAGUGGAUUCUACUUACACCUUGGAAAGUGCCUUGAUAAUUGCCCAGAGGGGUUGGAAGCUAAUAACCACACCAUGGAGUGCGUCAGUAUUGUGCACUGUGAGGCCAGUGAAUGGAGUCCUUGGAGUCCAUGCACAAAGAAAGGAAAAACAUGUGGCUUCAAAAAAGGGACUGAAACACGGGUCCGAGAAAUAAUACAGCAUCCUUCAGCAAAGGGUAACCUGUGUCCUCCUACAAGUGAGACAAGAAAGUGUACAGUGCAAAGAAAGAAGUGUCAGAAGGGAGAACGAGGAAAAAAAGGAAGGGAGAGGAAAAGAAAAAAACUUAAUAAAGAAGAAAGUAAGGAAGCAAUACCUGACAAUAGAGGCCUGGAAUCCAGCAGAGAAACUCCAGAACAACGAGAAAACAAAGACAAACAGCAGCAGAAGAAGCGAAAAGUCCAAGAUAAACAACAGAAAUCGGUAUCAGUCAGCACUGUACACUAGAGGGUCCCAUGAGAUUAUUGUAAACUCAUGAUGCUGCUAUCUCAACCAGAUGCCCAAGACAGGUGUUCUAGCCAUUAGGACCACAAAUGGACAACAUAUCAGCUACUGCUCUGUCUAAACAUCAUUCCAAAUAGUUGCUAUAUUCUUCAUACAAGCAUAGAAACAACAAAGAGCCAAAAGUUCAAAGAAGGGAUACUUUCAAAUGUUAUCUUAUGUGCUUCUGCGCAUUUUUAAAAGUAAAGACAUUUUAUGCAUAAUUAUCAAUGAGAUAUAAGCUCAUCAACAUAAUGGUAACAUCUGGAGAAGAAGCAUCUUUUCCCUAUAAAAAUAUUUUUCAAGCUAUUGUUUUAAAAAGCAAAAGAUAAUUUUGUAAAUUCAAAGAUAUAGUAUCCCUUCCCCUCACCCCCCACCCAAAAACAGCAUGUGAGAUUAGGGGAGAGAAACAUCAUUUCAAGGACAUUGUGGUUUUGUCCAGCCAAUCUAGAAAGUGCUCAGAAUUAGGGCCUGGCAUUUGGAAUUAUAGGAUUUAUCAUCA